CAAAAAUAGCAUUAGAUGGAUGACGUGUAUGUAUGGGUCCUUCGGACUUCCGGGUGUGUAUAAACAGAUCGCUAACCGAGUCGCCUCUCCCAAAAGAUGUCUAAAGUAACGUUUAAAAUCACCCUGACGUCGGACCCCCGGCUGCCAUACAAAGUAUUAAAUGUCCCAGACAGCACACCGUUCACAGCCGUUUUGAAGUUUGCUGCUGAAGAGUUCAAAGUGCCAUCAGCAACCAGUGCAAUAAUAACAAAUGAUGGAAUAGGAAUCAACCCUGCACAGACAGCAGGGAACGUGUUUCUUAAACACGGCUCAGAGCUUCGCAUCAUUCCCAGAGACAGAGUGGGAGGACAAGGAGACUGAUGCUGCUUUUCCUCGUUGACGGCAUAAUGACUCACCCGGCAGAAUCAUAUAACACUUGAGACGCAGGAAACACCUCGGCGUGUGUCAUACUUAUUUUCUGGCCCACAACUGACAGUGACUCACAUGAGAAUAUACAGUAUAUAUAUUUAAACUUGAUGACGGCAUGUACACACACACACUUGCAUGCUCCCUGCUUCUUCAUUCUCAGUUUUUUUUUUCUUUCUGUAAGUGUAGUUGCGUUAAAAGAUUGACAGUGACAAGAGUUUGUAGAGGUACUGAGUAAUUAGUAAACACAAACACAGCAGCUGCAUCAUGGGAAAUAUCUUAGCUAAGAUUAAACAAGAGUCAACACUUCUAGCUUUUGUAUCUUUGUAAAUGACAAUAAAUCCGUGUGACUAACAACAUCUAAUGACCUUUUUUUUUGCAAUGUUUACUUUUGUCUUCAUCAGCAUUGUGAAUAUGGUAAUGUAAGAGGUGAACCUUUUCUUUAUAAAUAUAUGUAACACAUGCUUUUAAGGACCAUUCUCAUUAGAGUAAGUGGCUGUUGAUAUGCAGGUGUUCACAUUAGAUAUUCUUUUGUUUUCUUUUGUCAAAGUAUUCCUUCAAACACGUGAUAAAUAAACUUGCAUCUUGGAUCUGUAACCGCUCCUUCAAUAAAUAGAAGAAGAUAUUUACAUUUUAGCUAAUGUAAGAACACGUGAAUUGUUCAUCUGUCCAACAGUGCAGGCACGUGGAUCUUUGCUGCCCUCUGUCAGGUUGUAUUUUAACAUCAGUUUGUUCUCACCCUCACUUUGUAUUACAAGCCAUGUAUUAUGCCCCAUAUUUUCACUUUAGAUAGAAAAAGAUUACAUUGAGUAAUAUGAAGUAUUUAAUAUGCACUGCGAGCUUAAUUAAGAGCAGGUGGUGAGAAAAACGAGGCAGGCAUCCAAAAAGCUUCGAUUAUAAUGUCGAGGUCCUGAAGUAAAUCAUUCAACACUUGGUGGAAAUAAAUCCCGUGCUUGAUUGCA